UGUAAUUAUGUUCACAUUUGUUCUCUGAAUUUUCUCUGAUUCUCAUAUUCAAGAUUAUUUGAUCCACUUAUCAAGGUCUAAUAGAAUUAAUAAAAAGAAAAAAAUAUAUAUACAUACAUAAUUGAAAAGUUUUUCAGUUACCCUGAUUGCAUACACAAUGGUGGCUCACACAGUUCUUUUGGACUUCACAGUCUCAUCAAACGCAAUCGUAGAUUCCGAAAAGCGUUCCAAUUUGAAAUCAACUAUUGCUAAUGUUUUGAAAGAACAUUUUGUUGGAUUGAAACUUUUGACGGAAUCUUAUAUCGACGGAAGUUUACUUGUUCUAUACACUGGACCAAGAAGCAGUUUAAUCACUAUCAGAGGAUAUCCUGAGGGUCUCAUCACCAUCAACAUCGAAUAUUACAAACGCGACGACGAGAAUGCUCUCUUAACAUUCGAGCAAUGGCGAUACUUGGAAGUCGAUGUUGCUCUGGCUUUGAACAGCCAACGCAGUAAACGUUUACCGCCUGUAAGACGAGGAACAAUAUAUGAUCUUUACCUGACGCUCUCAGAUGAGAGAUUGCUGGAAUAUGAUAUUGAUCAUUUGGUAUUCGAAGCAAGAUCGCCAUACCAGAAAGUACAAAUUGUUCACUCCAAGUCUCUAGGAAAUCUUCUAGUUUUGGACGAAUUACAAAAUAUGUCCGAGGCAGAUUUAAUUUAUACCGAAACGCUUAUGCAACGAGGAAAAGAAAAUUAUGCGGGGAAAGAAAUAGUUAUUUUAGGAGGCGGAGAUGGAGGGUUACUCUGGGAGUUACUAAAAGAAAAACCAAAGCACGUGACAAUGUUGGAGAUUGAUGACAUCGUCAUGAAAGCCUGCAGUCAAUACAUGAGAAGUAUAUGUGGCGAUUGUUUGGAUAAAAGAAAGACUGAUAAUUAUGAAAUUAUUGUUGGUGACUGCGUGAAAACUUUAUCACACAUGAUAGACGAAGGACGCCAAUUUGAUUAUGUCUUCGGUGACUUAACAGACAUACCGAUCAGUUCAACACCACAUGGUGAUGCCUGGGAUUUUAUCAGAUUGAUUUUAAAUUCGUCAUUUAAAGUGCUGAAGCCAACGGGAAAGUACAUGACCCAUGGUAAUGGCGCAUCAUGUCCAGAAUCUUUAAAAAUGUUCGAAGAAGUAUUAAGUCAACUAACAGUGCCAGUUAAAUACACAAAAAGUAGCGCGUUUAUUCCUUCUUUCUUUGAAGACUGGGUGUUCUAUCAAGUUUCGUUGAAAUGAUGGAUUAAAAGUGCGACUAGCAUGUCGAAGUAUCUAGCGAAAUUCAUUCACAUUGUUUCUAGUUCUUUAUGACCUGAACUUCUACUUAGCGUUAGUAUAUUUCAAUGAAUGGAUCUGUCUAUUAGUUACUCUUGAAACCUUUAAAACCUUGGUCCAAUGUUACUCGAGUUGGAACUAUUACGGUUGCAUAAAAAGCCUUUGUAAAUAUAAAUAGAUAUUAGGUUUCGAUAAAUUUGUCAUAAGAUAAUUUCAUAUUUAUUUAUGACAAUCAAAAAGUGAAAUAUUAAGUGUUGUACGUUCUGUUAUUUUAAAUAAUUUGUUUAAAUUUAAUCUAACUUUAGAAUAGACAUUUUUAUGGUAAUUUUUUUAAUUUUUACCAAAAAUAUCUAACGAACGCUCUAAACUAACUGUAAUGGAAUUGAGAAAGUUCCCUUUCAUCUGUGAUUAAAAAGCUUGCAUUGUAUUUAAAUCAAUAGCAUUUGUAACAGUAUUUUGUAGU